AUGAGACCCUGGACUAGACUCUGGACUCAACCCCGGACUAGACCCCGGACAAGACCCUGGACAAGACCCUGGACGAGACCCUGGACAAGACCCCGGACUAGACCCCAGACAAAAUCCCGGAAGAGACCCCGGAGGAGACCCCAGGACAAGACCCUGGAUGAGACUUUGGACAAGACCCCAGGACGAGACCCUGGAAUAGACCCUGGACUAGACCCCGGAGGAGACCCCGGACGAGAACCUGGAAAAGACCCUGGACCAGACCCCGGAGGAGACCCCGGACGCAGAGAGAAUGUGGCUUUUUGA